UCCACCCUUCCUGUGAUGUACACUGGUGUUUAGGUCAGAUGUGUGCUUCUCAGUGAUUAUUGCAAGCAUCAUGAUGCAUGGACACACUGCUGCUGUUAGAUCUGUGAGAAACACACACACAAACGCACACACACUCACACGCCCUUCAAGGGUGAGAAACAUCGUGUUAAGGAGGAAAUGAGUUUGUCAUGAAGAAAUGAACAGGAAGAUGUGUGUCACACAGACGAGCAGCAGCAGGAUGGAGACGCUCGGCUUAAUUCUCUUCAUGUGGGCAUCUCUUUCAGAGGCCUUCAACAUCGACACUGAACAUCCACUGAGAUUUAACGGCACGCCGGAAGAUUUCUUUGGUUACAGCGUUUAUCAGACUGAGUUUGGAGACAGGAAGCAGAUCAUUGUUGGAGCUCCAUUAGAAGGAAACUCAACAGGGGAGAUGUACAGCUGCACAGCAGAUCUACAGUCCUGCACACGACUGCAGCGGCCAGGUAUCAGCAUCACAGCCAUCUACCAGUGACUGCUGUGGACUUACACUGCUUCAUACUGAGCUGAUGACUC